AUGGUGCUGGGUGUGGGUGGGCUAAAAAAGGCCCUGCCACUGUACGCACGGCCCGUCUUCCUGCGGUUCCUGCACGAAGUCUCCAAGACAAGCACUUACAAGUUCCAGAAGAUGGAGCUGCGGAAGCAGGGCUUUGACCCUUCGCUGGUGAAGGACAGGUUGUACUUCCUGGACUCCAGGCAAGGCCGCUACCUGCAGCUGGACCAGGCAGCGUUCGGCAGGAUCCAGUCAGGACAGCAGAAACUAAAGCAGUUGGAAGAAUAUUUUGCCACAAUUAUAUGGCAAAAAAACGGGUUGGUCAUUUUUCUACCUCAGUUGAGUAUCAAAGGUGGUGCAGAACUCUUGUUUGAUGGUGUCAAAAAGCAUCAGGUGACUUUGCCCUGUCAACCAGAGCCUUGGGAUAUCAGAAACCUGCUAAAGUGGAUCAAACAGAAUCUGUUGAAAGAAAGACCAGAAUUAUUUAUGCAAGGGGAAUCUGUGAGGCCGGGAAUUUUGGUGCUCAUCAACGACGCAGACUGGGAACUAAUGGGCGAGCUGGAUUAUAAACUCCAGGAUCAGGAUAAUGUGCUUUUCAUCUCGACAUUGCACGGCGGGUGAACUCCUGGAAAAACAAGAGGAUGUAAAUCCAAACCCCUGGGCAAAAAACCCAAACAAAAACCUAAACCCACCCAAACCUCUCUUGAACUGCCUGUGCCCGGUCUCUGCAUCUUCCCACCGCAUUCACUUGUUACUAGACAUCCAAAUAAAGCCCUGCCAGCACGCGGCCUGCUGUCAACCACAA